CGACUCUUGAGGAGUUGGGGAUACCUCCAACCCUUGAUUUCUCUGUUGUAUAUUCAUCACUGUUCGCUGAACGUUUGUUAUCUUGGCGCAUUUUUAUCCUUCACUCAUUAAAAUGGCUACAUCGACGCGGGUUGCAAGAUCUCUGCGCAGUGUCAAGCUUUCAAGCCGUACACAAUGUAUACAGCGCGUCCGGCCUGUAACGCAGGUCCGGUGGAUAUCAGGAGCGACGACUGAACCUCAACAGCCCGGAGAGAAGCGGUCGACCAAGACUGCUCCUGCCAAGACUGUAAAGUUUACCUCAGAAACCUAUCCCCAGAUUCAAAGACAUUCAAAGUUUUCACAGCUUACCAAGGAACAUGUAGAAUAUUUCAAGAAUCUUCUUGGCUCAGAGUCUGCUGUUAUAGAUGGAGUCACCAAAGAUGCUUCGGAAGACAUAGAACCUUACAACAGCGAUUGGAUGCGGAAGUACCGUGGCCACGCUAAACUUGUUCUUAAACCGCAGUCCACGGAAGAAGUCAGCAAGAUCCUAAAGUACUGCAAUGACAAUAUGCUAGCUGUUGUUCCCCAGGGUGGUAACACCGGCCUAGUGGGCGGCUCCGUUCCUGUCUUCGACGAGAUCGUCAUCAACCUUCAACGAAUGAACCAAAUACGAUCAUUCGACGAAGUUUCCGGCAUCCUUGUUGCCGACGCCGGUGUCAUUCUGGAGGUUGCGGACAAUUUCUUGGCCGAGAAGAAUCACAUUUUCCCUCUCGACUUGGGCGCAAAAGGCUCGUGCCAGAUUGGAGGCAAUGUUGCAGCAAAUGCAGGAGGGCUCCGCCUGCUAAGAUACGGUAGUCUCCACGGCAAUGUCCUGGGAAUCGAAGCUGUCCUACCUGAUGGUACUAUUGUCGACGACCUUUCCAAACUUCGCAAGAACAACACUGGGUACGACCUGAAGCAGCUAUUCAUCGGCGGCGAAGGCACCAUCGGUAUCGUCACAGCCAUUUCUAUCCUGUGUCCUCAGCGGUCCCCAGCUAUAAAUGUCGCCUAUUUUGGGCUGGAAAGCUAUGAACAGGUCCAGAACCUGUUUCGGCAAGCAAAAUCAAAACUUUCUGAAAUCUUGUCGGCCUUCGAGUUGAUGGACGGAAGAACGCAAAAGUUGCUCGUUCAGGCAUCGGGCAAGAAGCUGCCGUUGGAAGGGGAGUAUCCAUUUUACGCGUUGAUUGAAACAAGCGGGUCCAACACCGACCAUGACAGCGAAAAACUGAAUUCGCUCCUUGAAGACGUCAUGGAAAAUGGAAUUGUGUCAGACGGUACUCUUGCACAAGAUCAGACCCAAAUCCAAGAGCUCUGGUCUUGCCGUGAGGGCAUCCCGGAACACCUCGGCCACUGGGGCGGUGUUUACAAGUACGAUCUCUCGAUCCCUAUUGCGUCCAUGUACGACCUUGUAAACGAUGUUCGUGAUCGUCUCACCAAGGCCGGUUUAGUGGGCGACGAUGACUCUUACCCUGUCGUCGACGUUGUAGGCUAUGGUCAUAUGGGUGAUUCCAACCUUCACUUGAACGUCCCUGUCCGGUCCUACGACAAGAGGGUAGAGAAGGAGCUUGAACCGUUUGUUUACGAAUGGGUACAAUCAAAGAACGGCAGCAUCAGCGCCGAGCAUGGUCUUGGUCUUCAGAAGAGGCCCUACAUUGGAUAUAGCCGAAGCGAGAUUAUGGUGAAGCUCAUGAAGCAGAUCAAGGACCUCUAUGACCCGAAGGGCAUCAUGAACCCGUACAAGUAUUUAUAAGUGCGUAGACAAUCAAUACAGCUUUGUACCACCG